AUGCCGGACGUGGCCCAGGCCGCGGAUGAUACUCGACAAGGCCUCAUCGACCAGGUCAAGAGCCAUCAAAAAGCCUCCUCUGGCUUCCAAAAAACAUGGCAUGCUUAUUGUGAUGCGCAUGGUGAUGGCGUGUAUGACCCUGCAAGGCACAAGGUACAGUUUCUGGAGGAGUUCCUGAAGACAGCCGCAACAAAGAAUGCGGAUGUCAAAGGCUCCAAGCGCAAGAGGAAGGAGGUGACAUGCUCGGGCUCUGGUUCUGCAGCCAGCCGCAGCCGUAGCAGAGCUCGCAGACGGCGCAGGCAUGGCAAAGGCCGGCGCAGGGCACAUGGCCGAAGGCACAGGCGGGAUCGUCGGCGGCGGGACCAUCGAGGACGAAGACGUCGCAAGUUGCGCAGGAAGAGGCGUUCGGAAAGCUCUGGCAGCUCUGAGGUGUCAGACCUUCCAUCAAGAGCCACAGCCAUCAAGGGAGCAGAGCGAGCGGUGGCUGCAGCCGCUGAAGAGUUGGAAAGAUUGAAAGCCAACCCUGAUGUAGCGGUUGAUGAGCCUGCUUUGCAACAAAAGCAAAAGGAAGAGAUGAAAGUUGCACUGCAAGCUUUGCAAAGCGAAGCAGAGGCAGACGUGCAGGCACAGGUGCAGGAAGCCAAAGACAAGCUUGCUCAAGAGAAAGUGUCCCGAAUGAUAGAAGCAGAAGAGAAACUGGAUCAGGCCAUCGCAGAGAGGCUCAAAGAAGCUGAAGAUAAGCUUCGACAAGAGGCCCAAGGAAGGAUAGAUGAAGCACAAAAGCAGGCUCAGGCAAGGCUUGAAGAGAUCAUGGCCGAUGCCAAGCCCAAAAUCGAAGCUUCAUGGGCGGACCAGAUCAAAGACUUGGAGGCAAAAGCGAAGGCGGCUCGCGCGGCCGCGAAUGCCUUCACCAAAAAAGAGUAG